AUGGGUGUUUUCGUCAAACGCAAUUCAAUUAAAUUACUCAAUGUAAUGGCAGAAAUGCCUAAACGUGAAGGACCUGAUGUAUUUUUUGCUUUUCCUGGGAAAGCUUCGGCGGGUAUAUUUAUUCCUCCAUUAAUUCGUUGGCCUCAUCAAAAUGGAUGGACAUUUUGUACUUGGUUCAGAAUGGAUCCAUUGAAUAGUGUUUAUUUUGAAAGAGAAAAGCCUUUCUUAUUCAAUUUUUCAACACCUAAAGGAAAUGGAUAUUUUUCUUAUUUUAUGGGCUCUUGUUUAGUUUUACGUUGUAUUAGAGCACCUGGAAAAGAAAUUAUGCGUUGUAUAAAAUUUGAAUUUAUGCCUCGUAAAUGGUACCAUAUUGCCUUAACUUUUAUUUAUUCUCGCUGGUCAAAAGGAGAAAUUCAUUGUUUUGUUGAUGGUUGUUUAGUUGAAGUUAUUGAUUCUAAUUGGCUAGUUUCCCAAAACGAACAUUUUGAUCAUUGUUAUAUUGGUUGUGGACAUGAAGAAGAUGAAGGAGAAGCUUUUAGUGGACAAAUGGCUGCAAUAUAUGUUCUUUCACAAUCAAUAACACCUCAACAGGCAGCUUGUCUUCAUUAUUUGGGAUCUUCUUAUCAAUCACAUUUUAAACAUAAAAGUGAAUCUAAUUUGCCUGAAAAUUAUAAAAAGUUGCUAUUUGAUGGAAAAUUGAGUGAAUCAAUUAUUUUUUCGUAUUGUCCAAAAGAUUGUCAUGGACAGAUGGUUUUAUCACACCCGCCGAAUACUUCAAAAAAUGCUACAAAUUCGUAUUUUGUUCAAGUUCCUCAUGCAAUUAUGAAAAAUGGUGUAGAAGUAAUAACAACCCAUUCAAUACAUAAUUCUUUACAUUCUGUUGGCGGUAUUCAAAUGCUUUUGCCUUUGUUUUCUCAAAUUGAUAUGGCAAAAGAAGAGAAUAUCGAAGAGGAAAUUUGUUCAAAAUUACUCACUGUAAUUGCUACUUUGCUUGGAACUUCUCUAAAUUCUCAACAACAAUUUUUACAGUGCCGAGGAUUUUCUGUCAUUUCAAAUUUACACCAAAACUCUUCUAAUGUUCAUUUAAGUAUGAACCUUUUGGAGACGUUUAUUUCAAUGUCUAAAGCUUUUGCGAAUUUUAAUAAUGGAUUGCCUUUACUUAAACAAUUGGUAGAAAGUGUUUUUCUUGCAUCACAUUUGUGGUUGAAAGCUGAACCUUUAGUCCAAGUUCGUUUAUAUACAUUUUUGGCAAAUGAAUUCUUUUCUAAUAUUGAUUUGUUACAAAUUGUCCGUCGAACACAAACUGUUGUUAUUUUAAUGAAUACUUUGAAAAAAUAUUGGAUAACAUUGCCAAAUGGAUAUAUUGAAGAGGAAGGCGAGGAAGAUGGGGAAAAUAAUGCUCAAAAUAAAUCCCCUGCAAGAACUAAUAAUACAAAUUUUGAUCGUUCAGCAAUUGUACAUGUCCGUACUUGCAUAUUAAAAUUAGUUUACAAUUUUACUUUUUUGUGUUGUGAAGGAAGUGAAGAAAGGGAUGAUGAAUUACAAUGCAUUUUUAAUUUUAUUGCUACAACUAAUGAGGAUGACAAUCUUUACGAUGUUUUAACUCAAACUAUGCAACAAAUAUCUGAUCAUCCUGCAAUUUUGGUUCCAGCAUUUGACAAAAAGAAAGUUAUUUGUAUUAUUUUCAACUUAAUUAGUUCACCUAAUGAAUUGAUAAAAAUACCAGCUUUGAAAAUGUUUGGAUAUUAUUUAUGCAGAUCUACGCAAAAACGUAAAAACGAGUCAAUCAAUCAACGGAAUUUAUUUCACUUAUUAACUGAUAAAUUAAUGCUCAAUUGUCAUUCUCUCUCAUUAGCAACUUACAAUGCUUUAUUCGAAAUUUUGGUAGAAUUAGUAUGUCCAGAAAUUUUAUUUGUAAAACAUGAAGAAUUGCCAAUAGAAAAUACAAGAUUUGAAAAUCCACAAAUUUUAAAAGUUGUUGCACAAUUGCUAAUUCAAAGUGAAGAUUCAAGUGAAACAUUGAGAGUUAAAAGAAUAUUUCUUCAAGAUUUGAUAAGACAUUGCAAGGAUUGUAGAGAGAAUAGAAGAAUAAUACUUCAAAUGAGUGUUUGGCAAGAAUGGCUAAUUUCUUUGUCUUAUAUUUAUCCGGAAAAUGAAGAACAAAAGAAUGUUUCUGAACUUGUUUUUCAACUUUUCUCAAUUCUUUUAUUUCAUGCUAUACGUUUAGAAUAUGGUGGUUGGAGAGUUUGGGUUGAUACAAUGGCAAUAGCUCAUUCAAAAGUUUCAUGGCAAAAAUAUCGCAAAAAUUUGACACAAAAACAAGAAGAAGAUGCUCGAAAAAAAUUGGGAGAAAAUUUAACUAAAAAUGAUCAAUCGUCUUCUUCUGGUGGAGGAGUAUCAUCACUUUAUAGAACUCCAGAUUUUGUUUGGUCACAAGUACAAAUUCAAUUUUUGAAUGAUUUGUUGAUGUUAAUACAAGCUGUGGUACAGGAAUGGAAAGAUUCACCCAGCCCAGUUGCUGAUUAUUUAAAUAAUUCGGAUAAUCAUGUUUUUAUAACCAAUACAGUCCAUAUAUUUUCCCAACUUGCUGACAGUUUAGUAAUGGCUUGUGGAGGACUUUUACCAUUACUUGCAGCAGCAACAGCACCAACGAGUGAAUUAGAAUUAUUUGAUACAACCCAACAAGAAUUGGAUAUUUCUGAUGCUGCUUAUUUUUUGGAAAUUUUUGCAGAAAUUGCUGAUGUUUUUAUCUUUACUUCUCCACUUACACUUAAUGAAUUGGAACAAGAAAAAAAUAUGCCGGCUGGGGGAAUUUUGAGACAAGCACUUAGAUUAUCAGCAACAUCGGCAGUUCGAGGAAUUUUAUCAAGUAUUUUAAGCAACAAUGAAUCUAUAUUUGGAUCAGAAAUUAAUUCCACAAAAUAUGAAGCAAUUAGAAAAUUUAUUAAAAAUAAGUCAACAAAUGUGGAAUUUAAAGAUCAAUUGCUACAAACAGUAGAUUUGCAACGUCUAAAAAAUUUAAUUUACAGAGAUAUGGAAGAAGUAAAACAAGCACAAUUUUUGGCCCUUUCUAUUGUCUAUUUUUUGUCAGUUUUAAUGGUUUCUCGUUAUAGAGAUAUUCUUGAACCUUCACCACAACAACAGAUAAAUUCAGGAGGAGUAGUUAAUUCAGGAAAUAAUUUAAAGAAUAAUUCGGUGAAUGAUGGAAAGCAAUCUGUAACCAAAGAACCUGCCAAAUUAAAUUCAAUAUCAGAAGAAGAUAAAAAUGAAGAUGAAAAUCAUUUGAAUAAUGAAAAUGAGGACGAAAAAGAAGAUGAAGUUGAAGAAGUAAAUGUUGAUGAAAUAAAUUCUAAUAAAAUGUAUGAGGAAGGAAAUGAAGAAAAAGCCAAUAAUGAAAUAGUUAAACAGAUUUCAUCAAUUCAGUUAAAUGAAAAUUCUAAUGAAACGAAUAAUAAUAAGGAUGAAAAUUCGGAUACAAAUAAAUAUGAACCUCAUCAUUUAACUAGUUUAAAUCGACCCGACUUGGUUCUUUCAUCAAAUGAAAAUUCUAUUGAAAGAAGACGAUAUCUUACAGAUAAAUUACAAAAAUCAAUAGAACCUGUAAUUCCUUUAUUCCGAGAAAUUUUGUGCGAUUUCCGUUCCUUUCUUCAAAAAACGUUAUUGGGAACACAUGGACAAGAAAUUAUGAAUGAUGUUAGAGUUAUGCACACACUUAAAAAUGGUAGUGUAAUAGAAAUUGUAAUGCUUUUGUGUUCACAAGAAUGGCAAACUUCGCUCCAAAAGCAUUCUGGUUUAGCAUUUAUAGAGCUGGUUAAUGAAGGUCGUUUAAUGGCUCAUGCUACGCGAGAUCAUAUUUUGCGUGUUGCAAAUGAAGCAGAUUUUAUUUUAAAUAGACUUAGAGCUGAAGAUAGUGAAGUAAAUGAUCAAUUACAGCAUAGAAAAACAGAAGAACAACUUUCUAAUCAAUUAAUAAUUUCUGCUAGACGUAGAGAAUUUAUACAAUCAACUAAAUUUUUGGAAAAAAUUGUAAAUAUAUUAACAAGUCCAACUGGUGCUUGGUAUUCAAAUUUGCAGAAAAAUAUGCCAAAAUUUGAAAAAUUGGAUGUUUGGGAAGAUGAUUCACGUAUGAGAAGACGUUUUGUACACAAUCCUUAUGGUCAACGUCAUUCAAUAUCUUCUUCAAACGAAAAAAGAAAAACAAAAAAUUUGGAAGAAGAACAAAAUAAAAUUAAAAAAGAUGAAGAUUUAAAUAAAUUAUUAAAAGAUUUGGCAAGAAAAAUGAUAGCAUCUGGUGGUGUUUCUAAAACAAAUAAUAUAUUGCAACAAUUUGUUGAUGAAACAGAAAUUGAAAGAUUAAUUAGAGAAGAAGAGAAUAGUAAUAGUGUUAAUGCUUCUACUACUAACAAUGCUGCUUCUGAAAAUAAAAAUGGUCAAUCAACCUUCAGCACCUUUGCUAAACUAAUAGCCCCAGGCGUUAUCGUUCCAGGAACAAUUACGUUAACCGGUUCUGAUUUGUAUUUUGAUGCUGAUGAAGAUGACCAAUCAUUUAAACAAAAUUUACAGGUGGGUGAAAAAAAUUUUUUUGAAAAAAUUUUUUUGGAGGUCGAGAGAGUUUAG